GACAAAACGUCAGUUCAAGGCAUGCCAUAAAUCAGGAGUCCAGAAUCAUCAUGACAGCAUGAUCGAGUGAUCUACAAGACCUCUAAAACCACUGGCUGGAUAAGAAGUGAAGGGAGUGCCUAGUGAAGAAGACUAACUGCAUCUAUGCCUUGCCAUAAAACAGAUUUCAGCUGGUCCUGGGCCUGGGUAUAAAUCAAGGAGCUCCUUUUCUUCUAGCUGAGGAAAGGAGGGAUAUUGCGCAUGGAAACUUUGGCGCACGCGCGCGCUCUUGUGCACAGCGAGGCGCCAGUGGCAGCAUGCUCCUCAGAGUCCGGCUUUUAGUGCUUCUGGGUUUAGCAAACGUUUUCGCAGAAGGAAAACCAUCCUUCUGCCUGAAAAGCAUACCAUCAUUUUCACUUUCCUCUUCUGCUGGUUCACUCAGUGGACGCAGUACCACAACAAUGGUGUUCACUAAAGAUUAUCAGCCUCGUCACAGAUCUAGGCGGUGCACCUGCUUCUCCUAUAAAGACAAAGAGUGUGUCUACUACUGCCACUUGGACAUCAUAUGGAUUAAUACACCACAGCGUACAGUUCAAUAUGGCAUGUCAAGCUCUUGGCGCGUCAGACGCUCCAGUGGCACUGCAGGGGCAGAGGUUCAGCGCUGUACCUGCACAAUCAAGAAUGACACACAAUGUCACACCUUCUGUGAAUAUGUUCAAGAAGAGUUUUCCAGAGCCUCAGUAGGAGCCAGACAGUGAAGCUCUUGAUCAUUCUUAGCUUUGGGACCCCACUGCUUCUGAAAUCACUUUACUGACUGGCCUACACUUCCAUGACUCAGUUUACCCUUCUUUCAGCAGAAGUAUGAAGUAAAACUUUCUGAAGGCUGUCAGUUCUCAAGUGAGGACCUGAACCUUACUUAUUAAUUUGAGUCCUGGACUAAUGUAAUGGACUGUUACUAUUUUAAGUGGGCUGAAGUGUUCCAGGAAAGGAUGUGACCCCAGAAUCCACCAUUUUAUGAUUUGUUUUUUGUUUCUGUUGUUGUUGUCGUUGUUGUUGUUGUUGUUUAUAUACUGGAGCAUCAACACUUAUUUUAGUGAAAAUAUCUGCAGAGAAUACUCAAAAACCUUUGAAAGUACAUAGUUGUUCAAGUAACUUGAAUGCUCUUUUCCUUAAAUAAUAUUUCUCCAUCUGCCAUGAUUCAUGAAGGUGUAUAUUUGGGUGAUUAUUUUUAACAGUGAUUGUGAAGGACAGUAAGCUAUUAUAUGAAACUGUUGCAUUUGAACAAAAUAUUAACAAGCAGACUAUAAAGAUCAUAUUGUUAACUGGACAUUACCAGAUAUAGUUCAUAUAGUACUCUUAAAGAACUUCUGUAAAGUGACGGUGCCUUAAAAAAUGAAAUGAGAAGUAAAAAAAUAAUUAUUAGAUUGAGUUUUUUUAAACCAAAACUUAAACCAAAUCAUAAUUUGUUGUGGAACACUAAAUAAAUUCACUGAAACACUAAAUAAAUUCGAUUAGGUAUGCUGGCAUGCAGUUUUCUAAGGAAAUUGGCUGCUAGGGUGUUUCAGGCUUCUUGGAAAAUUUGGUACAGUUCUUGUGUCUCAGCAGGUAAAAUCCCAGACAGCCACAGUGAUGCUUUUAUCAGAAAUAUGGUCUGUUACUUAAUAUGGUAACAUUUUUUUGAAGGGUGUGGAGGAGUGAAUCAUUGAAAAAUCUGUUUUCUUUCUUUUCUACUGCCACGCUAAUGUACUCACUGACUCACUUUCAGUAAUUGUUUUAUGCUGUUCAUGGUGGAUCGCAGGGCACCAUGCACACACACAUUCACACACUCAUUCACAUCUAGGAGCAAUUUAGUGUACACAAUCCAUCUACUGGCAUAUUUUGGGGAGGUGGGAGGAAACUAGAGAAACCCAGAAGAAAUCUACACUGACACAUGGAGAAAAUGCAGAGAAACUCCACACAGACAGUAACCUGAGCUCUGGAACUGGGAACCCUGGAGCUGUGAGGCGACAAGGCUACAUAUUCACAACGAGGGGCAAUUUAUUGUAGCCUAUCAACCUGCUUGCAGGAAACCAGAGAACCUGAUGGAAACACACAUGAACAGAAUAUAUUAUGGGAAUAUACAGUAUUAGCUGUACAUGUAACUGUUACUUAGAUACAUUGACACCAGAUAAAGGGUUGUAAUCCAAGGUCAGUCCAAAUAGCUUUGCUUUUACUAGCACACAUUAGGAAAAAGUGGAUGGCAACUGGUAUGGGCAGCAACAAAACCCGCUUGUGCAUUAGGUGAACCAGAGGUACUAAAAUAUAGUUGUAUGCCUUUAAUAUGUAUCGUUUUUACAGAUAUUUUUGGUAAGUGGAAGAAGUAGACGACAUCAAAAAUGCGUCUAAGCUUUAGAAAGAAAUUUAAUAAUUGCAUACAGAGAGAGUAAUGCUGAUGAACUUAGCAUGUUAUGGCCACAAGCUGUAAGAGCAUAUUUUGGCCAUAAUAGCUUCAGUGUGUCUUGGCAUAAAUUCUGCAUGUCUCUGGAACUGUACUGGAGUGACAAACACCAUUCUUCCAAAAGAUAUUUCCUCAAUAUGGAUGAUGGUUCAGAGCAUUAUCUAACAAAAUCUCCUAUAGUUGUUCAACUGGGUUGAGAGCUGGUGACUCUGAAGGCUAUAGCAUAUGAUUGACAUGAUUUUCAUACUAUUUUCAUAAAGACCACUCCUAUCAGGAUAAAAAUGCAUCUUCAUAGGAUAAAGGUGAUCAGUCAGAAUAACUUUGUAUUGAUUUGCAAUGACUCACUGCAUAACAAAGCCAUCAUGUUUUCCCCUUUAAUCUGUCUGUAUAAUUCAUCUGUAUGUGUUAUUGGGUAAUAUUUAUCCUUUAGUUACACAUAGUAGUAGUCUAACUAUUACAAUAAGUUUUGUUUUGGGCCUGUGUAAAAUGCCACGCAAUUCAUCAUUGUAUUAUUUUUGUCAUUUUAUUAUCAUCAUUGUAUUAUUUUUGUCAUUGUAUUAUCAUCAUUGUGCAUUUUUAUUCUGCUCAAGCAAACACCUCUCAAUUACUUGUUUCUUGGCAUAAGAGGAAUAGUAUAUUCCCUUGAUACAAUAUUUUACAGACAAUUAAACUGCAAAAUGUAACUGAAAAUUGAUCUUGCAGAAGUCAGCAGCUGCUUUUAUUAUUUCUGGAAUUGUCCAACCUGACUGUCUGUUGAGAGAAAUGCCCUUUGUGCCCUUAUUGAUCCAGCAACCACAACACAGCCCUAAAGCAUCACUGAUCUGCCACCAUAUUUUACAAUUUUACACACAUUUCUGUGUAUGCAGCCCCCUUUUGAUUUUGGUCUCAUCUGAUCACAGUACACCACUGUAGUUCCAAUGACACAUGGUGAAGUUCAGACACUGCUUUUUGUGAGAUGCUCUCAGGAAGAGCUUUCUUGCAGAGAUCCAACCAGCUUGCUGUUAUGAAACUUAAGAAAUCACAAAAAUCAAUUAAAAGAUCAUUCUAAAA